GUGAACUUGAAAUCGGAGUGCCUGAAGCGCCGCGCCUCGCUACAGUCAAAGCUCGUGGGCUGGCGGUUUGAGGUUCUUUUAUGCUGUUGUUGUUGUUUUUCUUUUCUUUUGUUUGUUUUUUGUACUCUUGGCUUGUGCGAUGAUUAGAAUGCGAGCAGAAUUUUGUUGUUAAAGACGACGACAAGGCAAUGAUUUUAGCAACCAACACGCAGAACUCGGCGAUUCCGCAAGCGUGAAGCACGGCUGCGCGGAAAAUUGCGUUCUUAAAAUAUUCUGAUUCGAAAAAGGUGUAAACUCGCUAAAAAUAAACUGAACUUUUGUGCAAAAGAUACAACGAAAAUAUUACAAAGACAUACGAAAUUCGAAGUGAUCGAAGCAGUGAUUGGUGAAAAGCAAAUAUUUUUGUGUGGCGAUCGCGUCGGUUUGAAGGUUAAGGCCAAACAUCUACAAGACCUAUAAAACAGUAUGAAGUCUCUUCUAGUCGCACUGGCUGCAGUUUGCAGUUUGAAGCUACAUUCCGUGCACGGCCAUGGACGCCUUAUGGACCCGCCCGCAAGAAAUGCCAUGUGGCGUUUCGGAUUUCCAAAUGCAGUGAAUUACAAUGACAACGAACUCUUUUGUGGUGGAUAUGCAGUGCAAUGGGAACAGAAUUCGGGCAAAUGUGGGGUGUGUGGUGAUGCGUAUCAUGUGAAGACGCCACGGCCGCAUGAGGCUGGUGGUGAAUUUGCGAAAGGCAUCAUUUCGCGGUACUAUACGGCGGGGCAAGAAAUCGAAGUUGAAGUUGAACUCACUGCCAAUCAUUACGGUCGUUUCGAGAUGUUCCUUUGCCCCAAUAACAAUCCCCGUCGUGAGGCUACUCAAGCUUGUUUCGAUCGUUAUCCGCUCUACAUUUCCGGGAGUCGGGAACAUCGUUUCCUCAUACCACGCGAUGCACCCAAGAAGGAGAUCUUCCGCUAUCGUGUACGCCUGCCACCUUACGUUACGUGUACGCAAUGUGUGCUGCAAUGGACCUACUAUACGGCCAACAUGUGGGGCACUUGCAGCAAUGGCACCGAGGCGGUGGGAUGUGGCAAGGCGGAAACUUUCCGCAAUUGCGCCGAUAUUGCGAUUGUAUCCAACACGGGCGGCGGCGUACCACCGAUCUUCAUUAAUAACAAAUCUCCAUAUCUACUUUAUUAUAGAGAUUAUCGUGCGCCGGAUGAUAAUAAUGUGUUCCCGCUAAUUGUGCGUGACCAAAAAUGUAUUGCGGCUCCAGCGUUCCGCACCAUUCCGGGUAUGGAUAAUUGGUGUGAAACGAAUUGUUUGCGUUAUCCACCCAACUGUCCAGAAUCUGCAUGUCAUUGUCCUAAGGAUUGUGUGGCAAUUGGUGAAUUGGAGGGACGUGAAGGUGCGGACACGUAUUGUAUGGAUGAAUGCCUGAAUUACGGUUCGAUAUGUCCAGUGGAUAGGUGCCGUUGUUUCUAAAUCGACAAGUGUACGAAGAUUUGGCUGUAAGGGUACCACCAGUACCCACAGCUCAGACUGCAUGAACCCGGAGGCCACAAGCAGUAAUGCUUACGAAAGACGGAUCAAAGCUGUGCUACGAAUUCUGUGCCUUUUUAAUUUGAUUUUAUCACUUUUUU